AAUUUAUUUCAUGAAAUGUUUUGUGAAAAACCACACCAUCUUCCAAAUGUUGUACCACAAACUAUUCAAGCAGUCGAUUUACAUGAAGGCGAUUGGGGUACCGUUGGCUCAAUUGUUAACUGGAAUUAUACAAUAGAGGGGGAGAAGAAGGUUGUUAAGGUGGUUGUUGACGACAUAAACAAGGAAAAAAGGUUAGUGACAUUCAAGGCAUUUGAAGGUCAUUUCAUAGACGAAUACAAGGCCUUCAAAGAAACUAUUCAUAUUGAGAAUGAAGGAGAUAACAACUUGGUUAUAUGGACUAUUGAAUAUGAAAAGCAAAAUGAAGACAUUCCAGAACCCAUCUCUUAUUUGCAAUUAGUCACUAAUCUAACCAAAGAUGUUGACACUCAUCAUGUCAACCAGUAAUAUUCUAUGUUGUUCAGACACUUCGAUCAAAUAU